AUGUUUAAGAGCAGGAGGCUCAAAAGCGUUUCCAAUGCCAUCAAAUCAGCUUCUAGUAGUGAUAUCUCUGCUGGGCUGAACUCAAAACUGUUCGAUGUUAGAGAAGUUAGCCGUUAUGGGAUGAACGGCACAGUAAAGACGUUUGCAUUCGAUCCGGUACAAAGUUUACUAGCGAUCGCGACAGAUGCAGGAGAGAUUCACGUUUACGGGAAGCAACAAGUGGAAGUAGUCUUUACCUUAGACUCCAAGGCCGUGGUAAAAGAAUUACGAUUUGUGAAGGGGAUAUAUUUGAUAGCAGUGGACUCAAAAGACUCUAUACUGGUUCUUUCCUUGUACUCUAAAAAGGUACUUACCGCAUUUUUCGCCCCAGGAAAGAUCACUUGUGUUGAAACAGAUCCAUCAUUGGAGUGGAUGCUAAUCGGCCUUCAAAGCGGCACCACAGUCAUUUACGAUAUCGAUAAAGAUUGCAUAUCGCCUCUGCGAAUUGAAAACAUACAAAAAAGCCUAAUUCCCAAAGAGCAGCUAUCGCACGUCGUUUCUAUCCAGUGGAAUCCGAGAGACUAUGGAACGGUUUUGAUAUCGUACAGACUCGUCACUGUCAUUUACUCUUUGGUAGAGAACAAAGUCAGGCAACAAUUUCAUUAUGAAGUUCCACCGUAUGCACCCGGCGGUGACCAAAGCGGUAACUUGGAAGCCAUUAGAACCCCGGAAGUCGUUCAGUCAAUAUAUCACCCCAACUCUCUCCACAUUCUCACGGUGCAUCGUGACAACACGUUGGUCUUCUGGGACGCAAACAGUGGAAAAUUGAUUCAAGCAAGAUCUUUGUUUGAAACUGAUGUCAAUGUUCCACGAAAAAUGCUGGACCCGCCACCCCUGGUCUCAUCACCUAUUUUCCAAGUGUCUUGGAUCUGCGCAGCUAACCCUGAAUACACAUCACUACUGAUUGCAGGAGGUUCAGGUGGCGAAGAAAAGCAGUGCCAUAGUUUGAUAAUGAUGGAUUUGGGGGCUACACCAAUGUACUCAGUCACGUCUUAUGAAAAAAUGAGUGCUUUCUACGCAGCUCCUCACCAACAGAAAGUGUUCCCUGUCCCAAAUGAGGCCUCUGUCGUACGUUUCCUCCCACUGGCACGAAAAUCAUGUCAUUUUGCCGGGAAUCAUGAUCCCGCUGUGGUCUUAGUUUUGUUGGAUGAUGGGGAAAUUGAAACUAUUUUGUACCCCUCUGGAAGUGUAUCAUAUAAAGCGUCUCUGUUCCCACAAAGUAUAUCAUGGGUUCGUCCUGCAGCAACUAAAUGUGUGGCUACUUCCGUACCCAAAAAACUAUGGCUAGGAAUGAUGUCGUCCACAUACAGCAGGGAUUACCUUCUUAAAGGCGGUGCUCCAGUGAAGAAACCCUUAAGGGUCCACGACACAAGAUCUGCAUUAGCCACCGGCCAUAAGAAUGGGUCUGUGAGAAUAUGGGACGCAUCGCAUGGCGAAUUAGACGAUAGUUCUGUUUUUGACGUAAGUGUUUCUCAAGCACUCAACAAAAGCUUUGGAGUCGGUGUCGAUAACGUCUCUUUUGCUUCAGAAACAGCCGAACUUGCCGUUUCCAUUGAGGACGGGGAUGUUGUUUUGUUCAAGUUUCAAGCGAAUCAAUACUUCGGCUCAGCUGAAAGUUCAAACGAUACAGAAAUCAAGUUUCGGAGAUUUUCUCUCAAUGAGACAAAAGACCUCAUUGUGGACAUCUCUGACAGAGCACCCCGAAAGUUAAGGGAGGGAUUCAUGCCAGUAUGUGCUAUUCACGCCAGUUCUGGCAGAGUAACUGCAUUGAAAAAUAGUAAUAUCGGAUUUGUGGGUAUUGCUUACGAGGACGGCACCUUCAUGGUCAUUGAUAGGAGAGGGCCGGCCAUGAUCUACUCUGAGAACGUGAGAAAAGUUACACACGAGAAGAGCACUAACGUUACUUGCAUUGACUUCUCUAUCGCAGAAUACGGAGAAGAUAGGUAUUCGAGCAUUCUCAUAGCUUGCGGCACUGACGUUGGCGAAUCUUUGAUUUUUAAGAUCUUACCCGACUCUAGCGGGCGGUUCAUGGUACAAUAUAUUGAUGCACUGAGAACAAACGACCAGGGUCCGAUAAUGGCCAUCGAAUCUACAUCCAAAGAGACAGGAGCCUCAUGUUCUGCUACGAUUACUUCAAUGCAAGGUCUAUCAAAAGGGCUAGCUGUGCCGGCUUUCACAAUGGUUUCGGGGUAUAAUGACAUUCGACUCUUCACGGCUGGCAAGUCUAAGGAUACCCACAAGGUGUUUAAAUACCCAAUUGCGACCGCAGGACAGUGCUAUAUUCGAGUACCAGAUGGAAGUAAAAUAGGCAAGCCGUUCGCUACUGUUCUUGUAUGUCUUUUGGUAAAUGGAGAAAUAAAGGUUUUGACGGUGCCAGAGCUUAGGGAAUUGCACUCAACUCGCUUACCCAUGCCAGUGCAAUCGAAAUACAUCAAAGAAUCCUCAGUAUUGCGGAAUGGUGAUAUCGUUGUGCGUGUUGGUAAAUGCGAAGCAAGCCUUUUGACUAUCUUGAAGGAAACUGCAUCCCACAUGGAACAAUCGCAUCUUGAAUCCAUUCGAUCGGCAACAGAUAGCCUUUACAACCCAGCCCUGCGCAUCGAAUGCCGACCCCAAGUAAACACACUGCAAUGGGCGAGGGGCUCGAUUUACGUUAAGCGCAGUGAUUUGGAUAACCUCCUAGGAACAGCUCACAAACCAUUCAAAUACGAAGAAAGCGAUAUUGCCAAUGGCACUAUUUCCCACGAUCCUCAAGAAACAGUAGCUAAUGCACACCAACUUGACAGCGGUGCAGCUGAACACUCUUACGUGGCUCCAGUUAGACACACAGCACGAAGUGAGGGUGUCGGAGCCAUGAGGAGUCUGUCACGAGCCAUGGAGAACGGAAUGGAUACCUUAGAGGGGCGCUUAAAUGAUUAUGCGACUGUAGCAGGUGAGACUAUCAAUGGUGCAGUAGAGCAAACCAGUUCUGAUCUCAUGAAGGGCGUUUUCAGGUCCAAGAUGGGGUUAUAA